GCGAAGACCGGAUCUGAAGAAGUAACCGCGGGUUUCGGUUAAAGUCACAGCCCUCCUUUCUCCAGCGAGGCCCCCAAAAGCGGUUUUGAAGGAAAGGAUCAUCUUUUCGCAUAGAAUAUCUUGUAGCAGCUAUAAGGUGAUGGUGACUGAUGUUGUGUUUUUCCGCACAAGCAAUUUCUGGAGUAUGAGCAGCCUUUGUUGGGGAGCUUGUAGAGGUGAUGCUCGAGGGAGGGACAGGCAGAGACACCCCCGCCCUCGAAAAUCCGCCGCAGAAAGAUUGCCACUCACCUCCCGGCAGCUGCCAUACUCCGGCCGGGCAGCAGGGCCCGGAAGGAAGGAGCCGGGGAGGGGCGGAGCGGAGAAGAAGAGAAGAGAAAGUGUGGAGCGGCCUCCGGGCUCCUGUGUUGGUGCCGGGCGGAGCUGAAGACGGAGCGGCCUGGAUCUCAGGCUCUCAAUAGCGGAAGCCCAGAGCAGCAGUUACAAAAGAACAAGAACCUGCAAGAUUUGGACAUGUCCUUUAUAUUUGACUGGAUUUACAGUGGUUUCAAUAGUGUACUGCAGUUUUUAGGAUUGUACAAAAAAACUGGUAAACUAGUAUUUCUUGGAUUGGAUAAUGCUGGAAAAACUACCCUCCUGCACAUGCUUAAAGAUGACAGACUGGGACAACAUGUCCCCACACUACAUGCAACUGCAGAAGAGCUGACAAUUGCUGGUAUGACUUUCACUACUUUUGAUCUAGGUGGACAUGCUCAAGCUCGCAGAGUUUGGAAAAAUUAUCUGCUUGCCAUCAAUGGCGUUGUCUUUCUGGUGGAUUGUGCAGAUCAAGAAAGACUGGCUGAAUCUAAGCAAGAACUUGAUGCACUAAUGACAGAUGAAACUAUUGCUAAUGUGCCUAUCCUAAUUUUUGGUAACAAGAUUGACAGACCAGAAGCCAUCAGUGAAGAAAGAUUACGAGAGACAUUUGGUUUAUAUGGCCAGACAACAGGAAAGGGGAAAGUUCCAGUGAAAGAAUUAAACACCCGACCCUUAGAAGUCUUCAUGUGCAGUGUGUUAAAGAGGCAAGGCUAUGGUGAAGGAUUUCGUUGGAUGGCACAAUACAUUGAUUAAUGCCAAAAUCACAUUAGUACAUACUAUCCCAAGCCUGUUCAUUAUUUGAUCACUCUGUGUACAUAACUUGAACUCAAUAGACUUUGGUUACAAAAGUGUAUUUUUUUUAUUAUUGUAUCAAUUGUGUUAAAUUUUAAGUGUGAAGACUGAAAACAUAUUUUAAGCAAGUUUGGCAAUUUGAAUCUUGUAACAUUAGUCUCUAGUCCUAUAAAACCACUUUCUUUUGGGAUUUAUAGCUUGUCUGUUGUCUGCAGUCUUUUUUCUUUCUUUCUUUCAGUGACUUUCCAGGUCAGUCUGGUUUUUUUUAAUGCACUUUUUAAAAGCUCAGCUCUACAGAAGUUUUGGUCAUAUUUAAUGCUCAUCAUGUUAAAUUUUUAUGUCCUUUUUUGAAAAUUGGUUUUAUAGAUGUAGAGAGUAUAACCACCUCUCAAAGAAAAGUAAUGAAUCAGCUUAUGGAUAAUUGCAUGAUGCCUUACAGUUUUCAAUAAUAUACUUUCUUAUGCAACGUCAUGCAAUAAAACUAAAUCCCAUUUCUUGACA